UAUAUAAGAUACAAGUCGAUUAACCAAGAAACCAAUGUUUCAGGCAAUCUUUCGCUCAAUCACCAAGUUCUUGAUCGGUUAUGGACACCGAACAGUUGCUUUAUAAAUAGUAAAGUUGCUCAAAUUCACGAAUCACCCUUCAGGAGUGUUUUCCUAAUGUUGUUUCCCAAUGGUAGCAUUAUGGUCAACUAUCGCGUGCGAGUUAAAGGACCAUGCUCAAUGGAACUCAGUAAUUUUCCCUUAGAUUUACAAAAAUGCGGAUUAAUAUAUGAAAGUUUCAAUUACAAUAACCAAGAAGUACGAAUGCGAUGGUCUGAUGAUACUGGCGAUCCCGUGCGACCUAUGGCUGAAAUUGUACUUCCCGACUUUGACCUCUUCAAAAUCUCAGCGAACAGGAUAGAAGAGCCUUAUCCAGCUGGAAUGUGGGACGAAUUGCAUGUAUCAAUCAUGUUCGAAAGGCGGUUCAUAUGGUACUUCAUGCAAGCGUACUUGCCAACAUAUCUUACCAUAUUCAUCAGCUGGGUUUCGUUUGCGCUUGGCCCAAGGGCCAUUCCUGCAAGGACGAUGCUGGGCGUGAAUGCUUUACUCGCUAUGAUCUUUCAGUUCGGUAACAUUAUGCGAAACCUACCUCGAGUUUCAUAUAUCAAAGCUAUUGAUGUAUGGAUGUUAGCGUCGAUGACGUUCAUUUUCUGUAGUCUUCUCGAACUUGCCAUUGUUGGAUAUAAGGUCCGAGACGAAAGCAAGACUGUAAGCAAAAGUUCGAUCAAAAAAUCCAAGGUAGGCCCACCACUCCCUGAUGAAUCUCCGCGAGGUUCACUUUUGUACGAAAAACGGUUCAUGUUUCCAGCUGGAUGUAAUGCGCCACGAUCCAUAUCUAAGACAUCGUCUUCGUGGCCGCCGGAAAAGAUAGAUUCGAUCUCAAGUAUUAUGUUUCCGCUCAGUUUCUUCAUAUUUAACGUAAGUUACAGACAACCGUUACAGCCGAAAUCAAGUAAUCAGCGAUUCGAGGGAAUAUGUUAA